ACCGUUAAUUUCCCCGGUGCUGCCGUUCCAUCCCGGCCGCUGGAGUCGGGGUGUAGUUGGCCGGCUCCCUCGUGGCUCGCGGGUCGACCGAGCGUCCCGCGCAGGUCCAAGUCCUCGACGAGCACAGCGGGGCCUGGGCCACGAUGGACUUCCCCAGCUCCCUCCAACCCACGCUGUUCAUGACUGGCCCCCUUGGUCUGAGUAAUGUUCCUGACAUGUCCUUCAUGUGUAGCUGGAGAGACGCCCUGACCCUGCCAGAGUCACUGCCCGAGAACUUUAAGAAUGAGGCGCCACACUUGGCCACGGGCCUACUCUGGGAGCCAGAGACCCCUGGACCCCUUCCUUUGCUGCCUCCUGGUCCCGAUCCCUGGGACCCUGGGGUGACUGCCCAGGACCUGCUUUUCCGGGGAGCUUUCCCGUUCCGAAGGAGGCCCCAAGCCGUGCUAGACGUUACCGAACAGCUCAGCCGCUUCCUGUGGGACCAUGGGGACAUAGCCUUUGCACCCCUGGGGAAGCUGAUGCUGGAGAAUUUCAAACUGGAGGGAGCACGGAGCCGUUCUAAGAAGAAGACAGUGGUCAGUGUGAAGAGUCUACUCCAGGACCUCGGUGGACACCAGCCCUGGGGCUGCCCCUGGGCUUUCCUCAGCUACCGACAGCGCCGGUUCUCCAUCAUCGGGGGCCCUGUCCUGGGCAAGUCAGUGGCCAGCCUCCUGGGGGAGCUGCUGCACGAGGAGCUGGCCAUGCGGUGGGAGCAACUGCUCCUGGACGAUGCAUUCACUGGGGGCGCUUUGGCCUGGGUGCCCGGGAGGACGCCGCAGGUGGGACAGUUGGUCUACCCCGCAGGAGGUGCUCUAGACACGCUCUGUUUCCAAGAGGUCCGUCUGCCCCCAGGCGGUCACCCUCAGGCUCUCGGGGACCCUGGCCACAUCCAGCUCCGAGGACCUGUCCGGCAGGUGGUGACCCGCACUGUGCAAGGGGAAUCCCUGCUGGCUGUCCGCUCUGACUACCACUGUGCCCUGUGGAAGGUCAGCAAGCAGGGGCGAGCUGCCCCUCUCCAGGUGCUGCAGGUCGGGAAGGGGGCCACGGGGAUCAGCCUCAGCCCUCACCUGCCUGGGGAGCUGGCUGUCUGCAGCCGUUCUGGAGCCGUCUGUCUGUGGACCCCCCAGGAUGGGCUGCAGCAAGUCUACAAGGACCCUGAGACCCUUGUGUUCUGUGACCCCUCUCCCUGGCGUUGGGCAGACUUCACCGCUCAUCCCCGGGUGCUGACUGUGGGGGACCGCACUGGAGUGAAAAUUGUCGACACUCAGGGCCCACCCGGCUGUGGUCUGCUGCUUUUCCGUGGGGGGGCAGAAGCGUCAUGUCGCAGAGGGGAACGUGUCCUGUUGACCCAGUACUUGGGGGAGUGCGGCCCCGAGCCUCAGCUUCCCACCCUCCAUCUCAUCUGUACGCAGUUCUCGCUCUACCUGGUGGACGAGCGCCUCCCCUUGGUGCCCAUGCUGAAGUGGGAGCACAACCUCCCCUCGGCUCCCCUGUGGGCCCGGCUGCUGCCCCCGCCCUGCCCUGGCUGCCCCCGGCCACUGCUCCUGGGGGGCCAGGGCGGGCACCUGCAGCUGCUGCACCUCGCAGGAGAGGGGGCCUCUGCACCCCGGCUGGCGGGGCCCCCCCAGUCUCUCCCUUCCAGCAGCGACUCCCUCUCCGCGUUCCCCCUGCUGGAGCCCAAGAGUCAGUGGCGUCUGCAGGAGCGUCUGAAAGCGCCAACCAUAGGGCUGGCUGCCACCAUCCCAUCAUCAGCUUCCGAGCCAGUCCUGUCGCUCUUCCAGCUCUCGGCGGCCGGGGAUGUCUUCCACCAGCACCUCCACCUCCAGGCAGACCCCGGGCCCCACUCCCGGGCCCCCACAGCUUCCUGGACUCCCCAGGCCACUGCCUGCUGCAGUCGGUGGCUGAAGGCCCUGCUGGACGUGCCCCCGACCCCGCCUGUGUGGGCAGCACCCACAUUUUCCCACCGCCGUCUGCUAGGGUGCAUGGAACAGAGGAAGGUGGAGCAGAAGGGGCCGGAGGGUCUCCGAGCGGCCAUGGCUGCAGGGCGGCUGCUGCGGCAGAAGGACGUGGGCUCGCCCCCGUCUGCGGGGCCGCCCCCCGCCCCCGAGCCAGGCCCUGAGGAUGAGCUCAGUGCCCGUUUGGAGGCAGCCUGGCAAGGCCGCAUGGCCGCCUGGUGGGAGAGGCAGCAGGGCAGGAGCUCGGGGCCCGGCAGACAGCCCAAGCGGCGCAAGCGCCGGACUCAGCUGUCCAGCACUUUCUCCUCACUCAGCGGCCGCCUGGACCUCUCAGACGCCACCAGCCCCCCUCACAGCCCAGACCGGGCGUCCCCCGAGGCCAGGCCUCGGCCACCAGUGACCCCGCCCUCCCAGGAGUCAACUCAGGAGCUGUGGGCUCGGGGGGUCCCCUCGGAGCGGCAGCAGACUCUCCGCGACUACAUGGCCAGGCUGCCGCUCCGAGGGGAUGCCCCACGAGGUGUCCGCUCACCCCUCUCCGGGACCUCCAGCGUCCGGGCCACGCGCUCCAGGCCCCAGACCCUGCAGGAUGGCGCGGCCGAGCUGCCGCCACGGAGGAACACCCGGAGAGGUGCCGCCGUGUCCUCCUCCCAGACCUCCAGCGUCCGGGCCACGGCCUCCAGGCAGCAAGCGCUGCGGAAGAAGCCCCGCAUGGGCUUCUGAGGGCCCCCGGGAAGCUGCUCCCCCAGCCCCGGGGAGCCCUUCAUCCUGGACCUGCUGCGCCUUCCGUGGUUGGAAGCUGGGAAGUGAAAAGAGCACAGUCUCCAGGGCGCAGGCCUUUCUGCUUCCGGAGUAGCGGGGACAGCAAUACUUGUUUCUCCUACUUGUGCUUUUGCUAGAAGACCAUUCCAGAAGGCAGGCAUGUUGAGAAGGCCCCAGUGGGCCUGUCCUGAAGGUCCGUGUCCUGGGGAUUUCCUCCAGGGGGCGGGAGGCUGUGCUGCACAGGAGCUGGGCCUGCCACGUCCCCCCCACCCCACCCCCCCGGACGCCGGGGUGACGUAAGGGCACCAGCUCCUCGCGCUCGCGGGCAGUCCGCAGCUGCUGGUGCUGCUUAGUUUGUGUGUGUUAAGCAGUUUCUACCGUGAUGCAGUGUUUUGUAGAGGGAGACACUUUGGCCCCACGUUUAGGGAGUGAAUAAACGUGGCAGCUGAACGGGGCUUGAAGUGAUCCGUUUCUCAGGCCGCAGCGCCACCUCCUGCCGCUUGUGAUGUGUGAUGCCUGAACUCACUUCCCCUGAGCGUGUGGCUCCGUGGAAGAUUUUGCUCCCCUCUGGGGAAAACAGCCCCCCAGAAUGUCACAGAAUACCAGGAUUUGAUGUAGAUUUCUCAUCACACGUGAAGAGUGGUACCUGGUGAGAGGAAUCACACAGGACUCGCGGGGAUAUGAAAUAAUCCAGUAACACACUGACUCAUUGUGCUAAAUGUCUGUAAUGCUCAGUUACACGGCCGAGGGCACAGAGAGCAGGAGCCCGGCUGGCGUGCACUUGGAGAGGCACCAGCGGACGGGGAGCGGAGCGGCAGGUGCACGUGGCAGCCGAGGCGCCCAGCGCUCUCAGAACUGCGACUCUGGAAGGAAGGGGAGCCCAGCCAGGGGGGUGACCUGUACCCACAGGGGGUCCCUAGCUGCCGGCUCGCCGUCGCCGUUAGCCUAGGGGCAGAAGGGCCACCCUGGGGUUCAGUCCAAGCCAAAUUCAAUGUCCUCCCUGUCUUCUCCCGCCUCGGGUUCGGCAAGCUCCGUCUCAGACCGCGCCUCGUUCUCGUCGGUGACCUCACCUAAGCAGGAGAGAAGGUAGCUGUGUUCUCGGGGCCUGUCGUCAGCCCCUCACUUCUCCCUGCGUGCAGGCCUCGAGUCAGGUGUGCAAGCUGGUGUUGAGAAAGAAGCCUGGCUACUGGCUAGUGUCGCCUAGGAACCGCCUGGGCUCAGGAGAAGCCCAGCGACUGAACUCAUCACCACACCCCACCCCGUUUGCUCAUUACCUGUGAACACUGCCCUGCUUCCCCCACACGUGCCUCUCCCUGGCCAUGUGCGUGGGCCCCCAGCACCGGGCCAGGCCGACCAGUUAGCUCGUGACUUGCCGCACCGAGCCCGGCACUCUGGCCACCCCCUGCCCAGUGAGCCUCCCUUCCCUGCCAGCACCACCCCGCUCAGCAUUCACCCCAUCCUCCACCCUCAGGCCAGCACUCACCCUCAUUUUGUCCCACACUCCCUGUCGUGGUGUCACCAGAGCCCGCCCUUAGAAGCCUGGGUCUGGAGAGGCCGAGGAUCAGGUGGUGUGGACGGGGGUGAAAACAGGUUUGCAAGCCCCGCCGAGACCCACGUGGCCAUCGGGAGCCCUGGUGAGGCCAACCCACCCGACCAGAAGCGAGUCGGCUCUGCAGCUUCUCGGCCCAGGCCAGCAAGCGGCCAUGAGCAGGGACACGAUCUACAGCGGUCUCUCUGGUCUGUUGUGAGUGGCCUCCAACCCGUCGGCUGGCCCCCCGGGCUUGGAUAGCGGCAGUUCCUUCCCUCCCCCCCAUCUAAGCCUGGGCCCCUGUGGCCUCAAAAGUAGGGUGGUGUUACCUGGGAGAGCAGUUGGAAGUAGGUCACUGUCCCCGUCCUCACUGGAAGGGGGUGGUGUGCCGUUCUGUUGGCAGGUUGGGGGCACCGGUGGCCGGCCUGAAGCUUCCUCGCCGGGGAGCUCCUGGAUCAGCGGGCGUGGGGGCUUGGUGUCUCCCCUUGGCGUUUCCGAGUCCCUCUCAGCUGCUGCUUUGCAUAUGUCGGUGAAGGGUGCCUCAGCCUUCCUCGCCGGGUCCCUGGGGAUUGUGAAUAUGUUCGAAAGGGCAUCUGGAGUGUCUUCCGGCACUGGGAGUGAGGAGUAGUCCAGUUCAGGGUCACUGUCAUCACUCAAGCUCGAGAUGGUUAUUAUCUUUGGAAAGUGCAUCUGUUAAGAGAAAAAAAAGAUGUGUGAACGUU